AUGAAUAAGAGAAAAUUUAAUGACGCAAAAUCAGUAAUAAUCCGUUUACUAAAAGAAGUAAAUAGUAGCAACUAUGAAACAAUUACAGAUAAAAUUUUUGUAUUGUUAAGUGAUACAAAUUAUACAAAACAACCAAGGAAUGUUAUAAAAGGUGGAAUUGAUAUAAUUAAUAAAGAAAUUUGUAUGAAGAAGGAGGUGGAAAUUGAAACAGUGAAAGAAAAACAAGCGGAGGAUAAAUUAAUUGAAUAUUAUCAAUCAUGCGCACUUAUAUUAGUGAGAUUGAUUGAAAAAUUUAAAAACGUAAAGGUGAAGAAGGGAAAAGUUUUAAUUGAUGGAAAUGUUUUUAUUAAAAAUUACUUAGUGAAUUGGGUUAAAGAUACAUUCUAUAAAUUAGUAAGUUUCAAUAAUAAUGGUGGUAAGAGUAGCAAUAGUAGUAAGAAUAGUAAUAUUAAUAUUAGUAAUAACAAAGGAAAAGGUGGCGGCGGUACUGGAAGUUUUAUUAAAUCAAAUAAAUUGAUUUCAGUAUGUUGCUUUAUUGGGUUAAACAAUUUAUUAAAAAUAGUCUCACAAAACUUUAUUCAAAGUAAUAAUACAAAAACUUAUUUAACAAAUUAUUAUAGAAAAUUAGAAAGUUUAAUGGAUAAUAGUAAAGUAUCUAAUGAAAACAAAAUAAUAAUAAAGGGAACAAUUGAACAUUUAGAUGGGCUUUUAUUAUUAUCAUCCAUAAAAAAUCAAAAUGAUAAAACCAAAGGUAAGAAAGCAGCUAAAGUUGUAGCUAAUAAUAUUACAAAAGUAGUAGCAGUAGAAAAAGAUCAAGUUGAUAAGAAAGUAGAUGAAUUAGAAAUAUCAACAACGAAUGAUUUAACGGCCAAUAAUGGUCCGGCAACUGAUGUUACUACAAGUAGUGAUCAAAUUAAUGGAUCAGUAGAGAUAAUUAAUAGUGAUGAAGAUUCAGAUGAUGACAAAGGUAUAUAA